GUUGAUGUUUCUGUCAUUCAAAAGUCUGAUCGACUCGGAAAUCCUCGGAAAGGGMUUUUUUUAAAGGUCGUUUUACGGAAUAUGCUUCGUCUCUUUAGCUCAAAGGUUCAAGCAUGAUGUGCAGCUAGAAAGAUAAAGUCAAAGAGUAAUUUGAAAGUGCAAAGCUCUUGUAAUUUCCUCCCAGCAGUGACUAACCAUGGGUUCACGUGGACGGUUUCAUGGUCCCCCUUCAAGGGACUGGGGACCUCCACAAGACUGGGUAGGUCACUAUGACAACAGGCCCCCACCACCUCCGUGGGGACCCUAUAAUGACUUUGGCCCUCCACCKAAUAGACCUCAUGGYUAUCCACCAUCCCAGUUYCAAAAUGACAGAGGACACCCSUAUCAAAGACMGCAUGUGAAUAAUUCAAGGGGUAGAGGAAGGGGGCAAAAUGGUGCUGGAAGGGGACAAAGUUACAGCAGAGGAAGAGGCAUGGGGAAAAACAUGAAUGGACCACAAAGGGYGCUUCCUAACGAAGAAAAGAAAAAUGACAAUGCAACAGCAGUUGGUAAGCCGUCAUGGCUUUCGCAACCUGUAAGCACUACARCAGUAAAUGCUACUGUUUCAUCGAAACCGGCUUGGUUAGCACAAAGUACUAGUACCACAGCCUCRACUACUGAUACCAAGCCAUCAUGGCUCAGUCAGACUCCUGGGACUAGUACCAGCUCUGAUGGGAAACCAUCUUGGCUGACGCAGACGCCAAAUAGUAGUGUUACWUCUGAUACAAAACCUUCAUGGCUYACACAWACUSCAACAAGUAGUGUUAGUUCUGAUAGUAAGCCUGCCUGGUUGAACGCAACGGUGAGCACAAGUGCUAGUAAUUCUUGCACUUCUUUAACAAACCAAGUGAAUUCCUCAACUCCUAAGCCUGCAUGGUUAACRAAGACAUCUGGGAUAAAACCAAUUCUGAAAACUCCUAAAAAUGUAUCAAACCAGGCUAUCAUGAGCAGUGAUUCAAUUCCUCCUCCUCCACCGCCAGCAUACCCUCCUCCUCCAAACCAACCAAAAAUACAACUACCUCAACAACAACAACAGCAGCAGCAAUUGUUGACAGCAACUCCACCUUUGAUGAAUGCCAUUGUGGUUUCUAGUAAACCAAAGAAGAAAGUCAAAGAUGACAAGGAACUUCAAGGAAUGGUUGCACUUCCUGGACAGAAGAAUUUCAUCUCGUACAAAAAUACACUUCAAGAGUUUUGUCAGAAGAAGGGUGUUGGCGUYCCUUCAUAUAAAUCAUUUAAAAAYAGUUUUGGAUAUUCAUCAAAUGUGCAGCUUUAUACGGGACAGACGGUCACAAGCUCAGGCAUCCAGAAAGACAAAAAGGAAGCRGAGCAGUGUGCWGCWUAUGAGGCUCUUAAAAGUCUUGGGCUUAUUAGUCCUCAAACUCCUUUUGUAAUUGUGAACUCUUCAAAAGCAGGUGCUAAAAGACAAAUGCCAUCUCCACAGACAGUCUCCAAAAAACUCAAGAAUGAAAUCCCAACCAGCAGUCCUAACUAUAAAUGUCAACUAAAUGAAUUCUGUCAAAAGUUCCACCUUCCUGUCCCCACAUACGAGACUACAAACAAUGGAAAUGGUUUCAUUACAAAGAUAAUAUACAACAAGAAAGAAUAUACAUCGAGUGCGCCUCAAGCUACCAAGCGAGAUGCAGAGCUGAAUGCUGCACAGUUAGUUUUGAGUAAAGUUAACCAAGCACCUCCACCAAGUGCUCCUAUCAAAGGACCUGUAGGAUAUCCUAAUUUUAUAGCCGCAAUAAAUAAUCCUAUGGGGUCUGGUACYGCAACCGUAACAAGUGAAACACAAACACAGCUCAAUGCAACUACCAUACCUAUACGCUCAAUACAAGACCUGAGUGGUAAAAACAUUACUCCYGUCAUCUCGUAUAAGAACAAACUCCAAGAAGUCUGCCAAAAACAAAGAAUCAACCUUCCUGUCUACAAGAGCAGCAAAGAUGGCCAUCUUCAUUGUUGUGAACUGAUUGUACAAGGUCAAACUUACAAUGCYACAGGAUGCAAAACUAAAAAGGGAGCAGAACAGAGUGCAGCCAGAGUGGCCUUGGAAGCACUUGGUCUUUUAGAGAAAUAAUUUUGUAUGUUUGUAUGUGUGUAACGAUAUAAAUAUUUAUCUAAGUCCAGUUGUACCUGAUAUAGUUUUCCUUGUUUUUACUUUAGAACUUAUCAAGCAUGACAUUGACAUUCAAUGUUUUUAUCUACAGUAGUCUCAGAACGUUUCAGUGUCUAUUUACAAAUUCAAACUGAAGUAAAAAAUGCUUGUCACACAGGGGAACCAAUGWAACAUAAGAAUAGUAGAUAUAUCAGACAAAACUAUGACAUUGUUSUUUAGUUUGUCAACCAAAUAGACGGUGGCAGCAUUUUGUUGAAAAGUUCAAGCUGAAAUAAUAAGAGAGAUUUUUUUAGAUGGUUAUGAUCCUUGUGAUAUUGGGUACCCUGUGUUAUAGAACAGCAUAGUUUAUGUUGGGUUUCCUGUGUUACAAUUUUUUUAAGCUACUUUUCAAUGGAGUCGAGUGAUGUCAGUUAUACAUUAAUUUGUCCAGCUUUUUUUAUAAGCUUAAUAUUAUGGCUUUUGUUAUUACCGUCGUAGUAUGGUGGUUCUUACACACUAAAAGUGUUCACACAAUACUCGGAAACUAAUAUGAAUUGUCUCGUGGUAUUUAUUGUCAAUUUAUGAUAUUAGAAAUACACUGUUAAAUGCCAUAUAUACCUAGCAAUUAUUUUCAUAUGGUAUUGAAAAUUUGACAGUCUGAGACAUCACAUGAAGUUCUUUCACAGAAUCAAUUCCCUGCUAGCAGAGUCCCUUUCGUCAGGAACUACAACGAGAGAGACACUGUAGGUAGGGAAAUCAAAAAACAUUGUGAAGUAGAAUUAUUAUCAUAAGCUGGGACUGUCGAUGGUGCAGUGUAUUUUCAUUAUUAGCUGUACAACUGGAUUCUCUAUGGUAUUCUUGCUAAACAAAGUAUAGCUUAAUUUGAUUUUUCACUUGUUUUAUUUCACUAUUAAAGUUAUAGUAAAUGGUA